AUGUCGUAUACCAGAUUUACCAACUGUGACUUGUGUGAUAACGGCAAGAUCUAUAAAAAUAAAGACUUGUUUAUCGACACUAACACUGGAAAAAUCGUAAGUGAACCCAGUUCCGGAAAUGUCAAGAUAGUGGAUCUUCAAGGAGGAAUAUUAGCACCUGGUUUCAUAGAUAUUCAAAAUAAUGGAAUAUAUGGUUUGAACUUUUCAAAUUUGAACAGCACUUCUACUGAGCAAGAUAUCAAAGAGUUCAAGGAAUUUUAUAGAGAUGCUAUGAGAAAAUAUUUAACCACUGGAGUGACUGCAAUGUGUCCCACGGUAACUUCCAGCUUCCCAGAAGUAUAUGAAAAGGUGCUUCCUCUCUAUAAAAGCUCACGCUUAAAUGAUGCUACCGACUCUUUGGGAGCACAUGUUGAAGGUCCUUUCAUCAGUAAGAACAAAAAGGGAUGUCAUCCGGUUGAGACAAUCAUAGACGCAAAAGAAGGAACUGAGAAGGUCUUUGAUGUUUAUGGGGGAGACGAGAAUCUUACAGAGAAUGUUUGUAUCUUGACUGCUGCACCUGAAUUACCUGGAGUACUUGAGACAAUACCUAUUGUUAAAGAUAAAAAUAUCGUUUUCUCUAUAGGACAUACAAUGACUGAUUAUAAAACUGGUUUAAAAGCUGUUCAAAACGGCGCAACUAUGAUCACCCACUUAUAUAAUGCUAUGCCACAGCCACAUCAUAGAGACGUUGGAGUUCUCGGUUUAAUAACCUCCCCAGUUCCUGAUAUGACUCCAUAUUUUGGUUUAAUUUGUGAUGGUGUUCAUGCUGAUCCAUCGAUGGUAGUAGUUGCGUAUAGGUCGGCCCCUGAGAAAUGUAUCUUAGUUACUGAUGCAAUGCAUUUGAUAGGAUUACCUGAUGGGUUAUAUAAAUGGGACAGCCAAUAUAUCGAAAAGAAUGGCUCUAGGUUGUAUCUAAAAGGCACAAAAACAUUAGCUGGUGCUGCUACUACUUUGCCACAGUGUGUUAGAAACCUAAUGUUAUGGGGUCAUAUACCUUUAGCUGAAGCCGUUAAAACAGUUACUAAUACCCCCGCAAAGAGUAUCGGACUCGAGAAAGAAAGAGGAUUCUUGAAUGAAGGCUGCAAUGCUGAUCUUGUUGUCCUUGACGAACAAUGUUACGUAAAGAAGGUUUACAAAUUAGGAACUGAGGUUGUUUCAACUGAUGAAACGCAGCCUCUGGCCCUUAUAGCAUCAUUAUAG